GGUUCCUGGCUUCCCCUCGUUCUCUACGACGAUCAUGUCCACUGCCUCAUCCUCAAAACCCAUCGUCGUAAGUCCCUCAUUAACACUGGUGUCUUCGAGAACACACGUACCUUCCUUUCCUAGUAUCCAGAGUUUGAAAAGCCCGCAUCUCCGAAGAGCGACGAAAUCCUGCGAGAUUGGCUUGAUACGGAAACAAUCGUGAAUGUAAGCUCCCUGCCGUCCCAUGGGUCCCGAUCAUAACGCCCAACCCAAUUCCACUUCACUGCUCAGCCCACUCCGGACCUUUCCCCAGUCACUACGCUUAGCGAUCUCGCCGUGAGCUCGCCUCGCCAUGUCAACACCCGGCCCCACUGACGUCCAUCGCCAGGACGUCAUCCCGGAAAAGGACGAGUAUCGUGCGAUGCCGCACAGCCUGCGUCGUGUCCUCGUCAGUCCCGUUCUCUCUCGUAUUGUACCAUGCCUUGCUCAACCCUCCCUUGCCAGACUCCCCCCCAAGAAGAUGACGAGCAUGCUACCCGCCAACGUAGCGUUCUCUUCGACUCUUCCGUUUCGCCUCCCUCGUCACCAACUUCCCCAGCGUCUCCGUAUUUCAGACAGAAAUGGCCGCCAACGCUAGAUCAUCCCACCAACAACGGCGUCUCCCGUGCUAGGCAGAGCGUCUCUUCCAUUGGCUCUUGCUCCACCGUGCAAACCCGGACCGCACCCGUCAAAUCUAUCUUGACGAGGCACGAUUCGGGCAUAUCAAUGGCAACGACGAAGACACGACGAACAAAAAAACGCUCUCCACCGUCGGUCAAAUUUGUGGACCCUCUGACGGGGCACAAUAAUGACUCAAGACUUAGCUCCCCACCAUGCUCUCCCCCAUUAACGGCUUCAUCGUCCAGUCGACGCAAGCUGACACCUGCUGAAUGGUUUAUGAAAUGGUGGAGGAGAAAGCCAAAUCCACCCCCACGACCGACGAUAUCUGGACCAUAUCGUCUGUCGCAAGCAGCAUCACUGGCAGAGUCGCGCGCCAAGUCCCGGAAACCGGAGCCAGGGAAGCUUAAGCGUCUUUGGCUACGCGUAACCAAUGCUACAGGAUAGCACGGGCUGGCCGCAAGCCUUUCUUCUGCGAGGCUGGGUAUGGCUAUGUUUGGGGCCAUGCAGCUUCUGCGUUGUUAAGCUUUAAAUCCGCAACCAUCCGUGGAUCGUCUGGUUGUGAUUAACCGAGCCGCGGGACGCUCGUG